CAUAACUAAAAUCCCUAAAUAAAAAUACUUGCUCCGCCUAUGCUGUUCAUGACUGCAUUGAGUAUCAAUAAAUGUCAGUUUCCUUCUUCUUUUUGUAAUCGAUGACAUUUGACGUAUAUAUUUCCAUUGUGCUAUAAUAUUACCUGCGUAAUAAUUAAUUGAAAAUAAUCGAAAUCGAAUUAAAUCGUUUCUAUGUACGUAAAUUAAAUAGUUUUAGGAAUUCGAAAACUAUUCUAGAGUGAUCUAUUUUCUCUGACGUGUCAACAACAGUAAAAAUUUGACACUUGACAAAAACUGACGUAUCUUAUCUAAUUUAAUAGAUCAUUUGUAUAGGUAUUACAUUACGUUACAAAAUUAGUUUUAAAAUUAUAUUACCAAAAUACGCAGUGCCAUUGCCGACGUUUUGAGCAAAUUUAACAGUAGUGCUAUUGUUUAAAAAAGUAAUAGUUGAAAAGAUUUGUGUAAGAUAUUCCGUAUAGGUAAAAAUAACUAGUCAUUCCUGUAAAACAUGGCUGACGAUGUUCCGGUAAAUAAAGGAAAACCCGAAGAAAAACCUGCAGAAGACGAUAAACAAGAGGAAAAUGCUUCGACCAACAAGAUCACGCUUCAUGUUAAAAGUCCAAAAGAGAAAGAAACCUUUCUGGUGGAUCCAGAAACUGGAAUUAAAGAACUUAAAGAGACCAUUCGAAAGAAGUUCCCGGUGGAAUCUGAUCAAUUAAUUCUAAUAUUCGCAGGGAAAAUUCUGAAGGACAACGAUACUUUAAAGCAACACAACAUAGUGAAAGAUGGGCUCACUAUUCAUCUUGUCAUAAGAUCCAGCAGUAGAACGGGCACCAGUACUGCUACCGAUGGUGGACAGGCACGAACUUCAGAACCCGCUUCCAAUCCAUUUGCUAACAUGGGCGGAUUGGCAGGUUUAGGGGGCCUAGGGGGGCUAGGAGGCCUAGGAGGUAUGGGCAAUUUUCCUGGCUUGGAUCAGUUAGGACUAGGCACAGCUCUAGGAGGCAACCUUGCAGAUUUACAAUCUAGAAUGCAAAAUGAAAUUCUUCAAAAUCCCGAUAUGAUACGGAGCAUUCUAGACAAUCCCGUUGUGCAGAGAAUAAUGAACGACCCGGAGAAUAUGAGAGCAUUGAUGACGAGAAAUCCUCAAAUGCAGGAAUUGAUGGAAAGGAAUCCAGAAAUCAGUCACAUGCUUAAUAAUCCUGAAUUGUUAAGACAAACAAUGGAAUUGGCAAGGAACCCGUCAAUGUUGCAAGAACUAAUGAGAACUCAUGAUAGAGCUAUAAGCAAUUUGGAAUCGAUUCCUGGUGGCUACAAUGCGCUGCAGAGGAUGUAUCGAGAUAUACAAGAGCCAAUGCUUUCUGCAACUGCUGAUCAGUUCAUUAGAAACCCAUUUGCCGGUUUAGUUGACAACACAUCAGCUAAUAAUCCUCAACAAGGAAGAGAAAACACCGAACCAUUACCAAAUCCUUGGAAUCCUCAAAGACCUAACACAAAUAACUCAUCCUCUACUCCUGCUUCUGCUAUAACUCCUUCUAUGUCAAAUUUGCUACAGAGUUUAGGAUCUACCGGAGGCAUUCCAACCUCAGGAGGUGUAACAAGCCCUGAAAAUAUGUCACCUGUUGUUGAUAUGCUUCUUCAGGAUCCCAACAUCAUGGAUGCUAUCAUUGGAAGUAGCCCUUUGUUCCAAGGAAACCCUGAGAUGAGAGAGCAGAUGAGGUCAAUGAUGCCGCAGAUUUUGCAACAAAUACAGAAUCCAGAAAUGAUGAAUAUGAUGUCGAAUCCUCAAACGCUCCAAGCUAUCAUGCAAAUCCAACAAGGAUUGGACACUCUCAGGCAGUCUUUUCCUAAUUUAGUUAAUUCCAUGACUAACAUCCCUGGAUCUGUCCCAACUACUACAAGUGCUACAGGAAAUACAACAGCUGCAAAUGCUACUACAGGAGGAACGACAACAGCAACUACUACCAAUACUACAACAAACACAACUACUCCUACAAACCCACAGCAAACCAAUGCAUUUUCAGAAUUAAUGGCCCGAAUGAUGUCUGGCCUAGGUAGUGGAGGUGGAGGAGGAGGAACUCCAGAAAAUACAUUACCGCCUGAACAACGCUAUCAGACCCAACUUGAUCAAUUAGCAGCCAUGGGAUUCGUUAAUCGAGAAGCAAACCUUCAAGCUUUGAUUGCUACGCUUGGGGACGUAAAUGCAGCAGUAGAAAGAUUGCUAGCAUUGGGUCAGCUUUCAAUGAGCUAACCUUUUUGAAAGAAAUAAUUUCAUGUUUAUUAUUCAUGUAUUUCCUUCAUUAUGUUUCUUUUUAUAGUUUAUUAUUGUUUUAAAAUGAUUUAGUUCAAGAGAAAAUAAUGUUUGCCUUGCUUGAAACCUUUUUUUAUAUAGGAAAUUCCAGAAUUUGCAAUCGGCAUAAUUCUUUAACUAGAAAAAAUUGGAAUUUCUCGUUAAUAUUAUAUAAAUAUUUAUGGUUGAAUGAAUACAGGUUAUGGGAAUUAUUCUUAAUCUGAUAUAAAAGAUAAAUGUAGUUUUUAAGAAUUUAAAAAAAGGUACAAAGCAAGACUACAGAAAUAUCAACGUUCUAGAAAACGUACAGAUUACUCUUAAUACGCAGAAUUUUCAUAUUUUCUAGUCAAAUAAAAUCUAUAAUAAACAAAUUGUUAGAGUAUCACCCCGACUAACCAUCAUAAAAAUUGUAAUAACAGCGAACAUUAUUAAGUACAAUUAAUCUUAAUGUUUUUAAUGCAACAUAAAUCAAAAUAAUCUAUUUCAUGCGUAAAAGUUUGUUUGGUGAGAUUUUUAUGCUAGUUUGAAGGUACUUCAAAUAAUAUUGAAAUAGUAUUUUUAACAACUUUGCUUCUUCAUAUUGCAAAUUUGCUGUAUUUUUCAAGAGUGUUGAUGUUACUGUAUUUCAAAACUUAAAAAAAAAGCAUUUGAGUUGUUAGCAUUAAAUAUGCACCAUGAAUUAGUUAGCUCAUUUCAUUACUCAUUAGUUUACUCACAGAUUUACUCAUUCAAUGAGAACAGAAAGUCGUCAAAAAUCCGAACUCGAAAUAUAUCUUCAUAAACAAGUUCCAUAAUAUCAAUUUUUGGCGGUUAUUCUGUGGAACGUCUUUGAAUUAUUUCAUAAAAAAAGUACUUGUUUUUCAAUAUAUGAAGCCAUAUAUAAUAUAUAUUUAUAUCUGUGUGUUUUUUAAGACAUAGACUUGUUGCAUUCCAGUGUAAUAUUUAAAUAUUUUCUUCAAAAGUAUUAGGUGUUAUGUGUGAUAUAAUAGUUUUCAAAUAAUUUCUAUUAGGCCUAUGUAACAAGUCUCUUUUCGAUUAAAAAUUAUAAAUUUUGACUGAAUAUUUCAAAAUAUUUAUAAAAAAUGUGACCUAAAUUACAACCAAAAUUCGUUUGGUAAAUUAUAGAUACACAUUAAUUCAUUAUUUUGUAAAAGUUAAUCUAUUUUCGUUAAUAUACGUUUUAUUAAAACGCAAAUAGCACAUAAGAAGAUUAUUGGCAAAUACAAAAAUGGUUUAUUUAGCAUAUUUAAAACAUAAUAUUAUUUUGCAUUACUUUUAACAUGUAUAAUAAUAUUAGAGUUUCUAAUGCGUGGUGAACUCUAAACGAGUCCCAAAAAGUGCUGAAUUGAUUUGAUAAUUACAAUCAAAAUUAAUUGUUCACUAUGUAAUAUUUUAAAUUUUAUCAGUUUGAUAAUAUACAGAAUUAAGGGAUUUCACAGCAAAUAUUUUAAUUUAUUGAUAUAUGGACGUUUUUAACAAAAAACUUAAUAAUUAUUGACAACGAACUAAAAUUCCUUACUUAGGGGUAACCAUAGACCAUGGAAAGUAAACCAAUUGUGAAAUUUAUUGGAUAAAAUAAAAUGUUUUUACAAGUUAUAUCAAAUAUACUAUCUGGGCGUGAAUAAACAAUUCAAACACAAUUUAUAUGGAGUACAAAAUUAUCGUGUGAAAAGGUAAUUGUGUUAAAAACAUUUCCAAUUACCUGUGAACUACUCCUACAAAAUAUGCAAAGUUUAUUCAAAAUAAAUGCCUAUCGGUCUACGUACUUCCAAGUUAACACCAUAAUUGGUUAAAUUAAAUAUUAAGGAAUUUGAUUGAAAGUGUAUAAUUUAUGAACAAUAAAGUAAACAAAGGCAAUAACAAAUUAAAACAAUCAGUAAAUUGUACAAAAUAAGUUAAAAUUAGUUUAUCUUUAUGGCCCUAAAUCCGAUAAAGGGACUAAAGACUUCAUUUGAUGAAAGUAGUCCAUAUGUAUAAUAAAUGAAGUCAAAAUGUUUGCAGGGAUACCCCUAAAUACCCGUAUACUAUGUAAAGUUUAUAUUAAAUUAUGAUGUGCUCAAUUAAUUUCAUCAAAUUUGACGGGAUUAAUAAAAGGUGGGCAAAAUUUCUUGUUAAUUUAACUGAAGAAAAUUCGACCAAUGGAAGAUUGUUGAAACAGUUGUAAAUAUCUCUACUAUCAAAAUAUAUGUUUGUGUAUCCUUAUAAAAAAUAGUUCGAACUUUAAGUAACUUUGAUAAAUAAACACCUAAGUACCCAGUUAAUACUUCAAGGUGUAUUUAGGAUAAUGAAACGGUACAUGAAAAACAUUGAAACAAACUUUAAUAAUAAAAUUUAAAGUUUUGUAAGCACAGAUGAAUCAUAUGCUAUAUCAGAUGAAUCGUAUGUUUCAGUUUACUAUAAUAAACGUUUGAAGGGUUAAGAGAAGAUUAUUACAUUGUAACGCUUAUUUGUGACUGUUAUGUGUCCUUUCACAAUUACCCAAUAAAUAGCAAUUUUUUAUAAUCAUUUUGUGUCUUAAAUGUAGAGGAAAUUCUAGAGACUGGGAAAGAAGCAACUUUUGAAUGUAGAAUUAGCUGUUUUUGAAACGAUAAUUUUGUUUUUAUACAUGUUGUCUUUUCAGUGUUUGAAAUCACAUAAGUGUAUUUGAAGACUAUGAAUCGUGUUAUAUAUUUUAAAUAUUUUGAAAAAUAAAAAUAUAUGAAUUACCAAGAG